UCUCUCUCUCGUCACUGAAAUCAUCCCUCGCUAUCUCAAGCUGCCAUUUAAAUUACUUGGUUGAUUGUUUGUUUAGAUCAGUUCAGUUUAUAUCAAUUCAAUUCUGAGUUGUUUAUAUAACCAAUUCUUUGUUUUGCAGGAUCUUUUUGUGCUUUAUUUGAUUUUCACUCCCUGUCAAUCGCACAUAUAACAGUAGCAUCUAUUUCAUACAUAUAUAAAAUUGCCUAUCUUCUUUUUUGCUGUUGUGUUUUUUUGUGCUAACGUGAUGGAAACAGGAAUGACUCACUCCUCUGCGUCUUCAAACAAGACUCAAUUGCGAUGCCCACUUCAGGAACAUCUCCUGCAAAGAAGAAAUUCGCGAGAAAACUUGGACCGGUUCAUACCGAACAGAUCAGCAAUUGAUUUUGAUUAUGCACAUUACAUGCUCACUGAAGGUAAGAAAGGUAAGGAAAAUCCAUCUGCCAACUCUUCUCCAUCCAGAGAGGCGUACAGGAAACAGCUCGCCGAGACCUUCAACAUGAACAGAACUCGAAUUCUUGCUUUCAAGAAUAAGCCACCUACUCCAGUGGAAGCCAUUCCAAAUGACUUUUCAUCGGCCGCUCACCAAGUCAAAGCCGCUAAACCCCGUCGGCACAUUCCCCAGACUUCAGAGAGGACAUUAGACGCCCCAGACAUUAUGGAUGACUACUAUUUGAAUUUACUAGAUUGGGGCAGCAGCAAUGUUCUUUCGAUUGCUCUUGGAAGCACUGUAUAUUUGUGGGAUGCUUCCGAUGGGAAUACGUCGGAACUUGUUACCGUUGAUGAAGAAAGUGGUCCUGUGACUAGUGUCAAAUGGGCCCCUGAUGGGAAGCACAUUGCUGUUGGUCUAAACAACUCAGAGGUCCAGCUAUGGGACUCCACAGCUAAUAGACUGCUGAGAACUUUGAGAGGCGGACAUGCUUCACGAGUCGGUGCAUUGGACUGGAACAAUCACGUAUUGACUACAGGUGGGAUGGACGGUCAGAUUGUAAACAAUGACGUAAGAGUGAGGGCCCACAUAGUUGAAACAUAUCGAGGGCAUCAACAAGAAGUUUGUGGGCUUAAAUGGUCAGCCUCUGGCCAGCAAUUAGCCAGUGGCGGAAACGAUAAUCUCCUCCAUAUAUGGGACAGAUCUGUGGCUUCGUCGAAUACUCCAACACAGUGGCUUCACAGGUUGGAAGACCACACGGCUGCUGUUAAAGCACUUGCAUGGUGUCCUUUUCAGGGUAAUUUGCUGGCCUCUGGUGGAGGUGGAGGCGACAGGUGCAUAAAGUUCUGGAACACACACACUGGUGCGUGUUUGAAUUCGGUGGACACGGGUUCGCAGGUGUGUGCUCUUUUGUGGAACAAAAACGAGCGUGAACUUUUGAGCUCACAUGGUUUUACUCAGAAUCAGCUCACCCUGUGGAAAUAUCCUUCAAUGGUGAAGAUAGCUGAGCUCACUGGCCAUACUUCUAGAGUUCUUUUUAUGGCUCAGAGUCCAGAUGGAUGCACGGUUGCAUCUGCAGCAGGGGAUGAAACUCUGAGGUUUUGGAAUGUUUUUGGGACACCGGAAGUUGCCAAGCCUGCGCCUAAGGCAGCUGCAGAGCCGUUUGCUCACUUGAAUCGCAUUAGAUAAAUAAAUGGGACAUUGGAGGACGUGACGUAUGCAUGAUGUAGGCCUUUUCACAUUCUCUAUUCGCAAAUGAUUCAUUGGCAAGGACCAAGGAAGCUUUCAUCGGGGACGGAGCUCAGUUGGCUGUUACAAAUUACAUAAUACUGUGGGCUUUUUCGCUGUUUUAUUUUUUCCCCUUCACAUUCUGCAUAUUGUCAACUGAGAUUUCAUGAUUGAUACAGACCUAUAAUUUUUUGAAGUGUAAACUUUGUAAAUCAAAACUUAGUUCAUAGAUAGUGUUAUCAGCAAGUCACAGAUAGUGACAAGAUAUUACAGAUUUUGUAGUCAGAGUUAUUUUCGUAGAUGAAGAAGAAAAAUGGAUCGAGGAAGCCGAGGCUGUGCGAUAGCAAAA